AUGAAUCAAAAGCAAAGAAAAUAUUCUGUUKAUUUGGGUGAUAUUGAUUCGGGCCCAAAGCAACCUAAACUUCARAUAUUUCCACUAACAAAAUUUGGACCUCAAAAUAGAAGUUUUAAUGCUAAACACUAUARUGAAUUUGAAUGGUUAGAAUAUAGUGUGUCUCGUGAUGCUGUUUUUUGUUUUAAUUGUAUUCAUUUUGCAAAGAAUGUAAAAACUGACAAUUUAAUUACAACUGGAUACAACAAUUGGAGAAAAUUGAAUGAAAAGUUGUUAAAACAUUCAAAAACUGUUCAACAUUUAACAUCAACUGUCCAGUAUAAUAGCUAUAAAAGCUCAAAAUUGACUGGCACUAUAGUUACUCAAUUAUCAACUGCUAAAAAAAAUGAWAUUUUAAAAAAUAGACAGUAUAUGAAAGUUCUUAUAAAUAUAACCCUCUUUUGUGCUAAACAGGGACUUGCUCUAAGAGGUCAUGAUGAAAAGUCAUCAACAGUUUCUAAUACUGGAAAUUUUAAAGAGCUUUGUACAUUAUUUGCAAUGAACGAUAAAGAGUUUUCAGACUUUUUUAACAGAAAAAUUAACUAUACAAGUUGGAUUAUUCAAAAUAGUAUACUUGAAGUUUGUUCAAAUAUGACAAUAAAUACUAUCAUUAGUGAAAUAAAAUACUGUGGAAUGUACUCUAUUAUGUGUGAUGAAGCAAGAUCUUAUAAAACAGAACAAUUAUCAAUAUGUGUUAGAUACAUUAUUCCUAAUAGCUAUAAUGUAUGUGAACGAUUUAUUGGAUUUUAUGAUGUAUCAAAUGGGAGAGGAUCCGAACAUAUUUCUAUUGAAAUUCUCUCUGUUCUAAAAAAAUUUGGCAUUUCUGAUAUUCCUCUUGUGGCACAAACAUACGAUGGUGCAAACGUUAUGUCAGGAUCCACAUCUGGUGUUCAAACUAGAAUAAGAGACUCUCACCCUGAAGCAAUUUUCAUUCAUUGUAUGGCCCAUAAAUUGAAUUUGGUUGUAACAAAUACUUGUAGAACUAUUAAGGUAUCUAAUACCUUUUUUAAUACUCUAGAAGCAGUUUAUGUGCAUUUUUCACAGCCUGGCAAAGAGAAGCUAUUACAAGAUUUACAGAAAUCCAUGCAAAUAAAAUCAUUAUCGAUUUCUAGAUUAUGUGAAACGCGGUGGUCGUGUCGUCUUAAAAAUUGUAAAGCAGUACAUAAUAGUUUUGGUGUAAUAGUAAAUAUUUUACAAAAUGAAAUAAAUGAAGAUACAAACAAAGAAGUGGCUCAAGCAAUUGGUGUAAUUAUGUCAUCAAAAAGAAAACGAAAAGAAUCUAUUAAACUUAAAAGUUUUCAUGUGUCUGUUACRACUGGUGCUGGAGGAAAUGACAUCUGUAAUCAAGGUGUUGACAUGAAUAGAACAGAAAACUAUAAACAAUAUUGGUGUUCUCAUGCAUAUUAUGCUCAUCCAGCUUAA